CUCCGCGCGCCCCGCCCCGGGGGCACUGCCGCCGCCGCCGCCCGCGCGUGCCACUCCCGGGACGGUUCCUGCGCGGCGCCCGCCGGCCGCACCAUGGCUCCCCGGGCCGCCGUCGCGCUGCUGCUGGUCGGCCUGCUCGGCACGCUGGUGCCCGCUCGGGGCCAGGAUUUCGAUUUGUCGGAUGCCCUCGACAACAGUGACAAGAAACCCACGGCGCCCCCCAAGAAGCCCGGCACAGACAGUUCGGACUUGAAUUUGGAAGACGCCCUCGGCGGGGGAGGAAGCCACGACCCAGUACCACCUAAACCACCCAAACCGAAGCCUAACCCAGACCCCAAGCAGCCUGGAUCUUCCGGUGGCUUCUCAGAUUCCGAUCUCCUCGAUGGAGCCUCAGAUGCAGGGGGCGGUGGCGAUGGCCCCGGCGGUGGAGGCCCGAGGCCUGAUGGGGAGGAGCAGGCUGACUCCCCUGGGGUGGUCCCUGGCAUCGUGGGGGCCGUCGUGGUGGCCGUGGCUGGGGCAAUUUCUAGCUUUAUCGCCUACCAGAAGAAGAAAUUGUGCUUCAAAGAAAAUGCCGACCAAGGUGACGUGAGCUCGAAAAACCAGCAGAGCACCAACUCGGACCAACCCGUUCAGUGGACCCUUCUGGAGAAAUAGAAGCUAUGCAGCCGUCAAACGCGGCCCCCGUGUUUCCAGCAGGAUCCAGCCCCGACCUGCCCACGCCUGUGCUCAUGUUGAGACUCUCUGUCAUGUUCUGCUUGACAUGUGUUUUUGCCUGUUUGCACCAUGCUGGGUGGAGGAACGUCACUAACACCCCGUGUUCAUUCGGAGGGGACGCGUGGUCAGCUUCUCCGUGGCUGCUAGGGGUUUCCCCGGGGGCUGUGAAAGGCCGACCAUGCAUCACAAAGUCAUUUGAAUCCUGACCCCACUGAAGUUCCCCCCACUCCCGCCCCCAUCCCGGGAGCUCUGGGCCAUUGACCCUGGGAGACAGCGAGACAAGCCUUCAAUUAGUGUCCUCAGAAUUUCCUUCAUUUAGAAGGAGUUUUGUUUUUUUGUUUUUUUUCAGAUCAGACUAAUAAAGAAAGAAAUAAGGAACCAAGUACUUCUUCCUUAAAUGCAAUGCCAUGGGGUGACUCCUAAAGGCUGUGGGACACAAUGCUAGGGCUGUGGUCCCUUUUCUGGGGCUGUGACACAAAUGACCGACCUAAGGGUAGCCUUUCAGUUUUGGGAUUGUCCUUCUCUGCCUGUUUCCUUCCACUGGUCUUGGUACAUGGGGGACAAGGCCUUCUCAGUGUUCAGAUACUCCCCUGCAGGGGAUACUUCUCUGCAUUCAGAUACUCCCGUGCAUCCAGAUAACCCUCUGCAUCCAAACACUCCCCUCCAUCAGAUGCUCCCCCAUAGCACAUGCUUCAUACUCAGAUACUCCCCUGCAUUCAGAUACUCCCCAGCAUUAGAUAUUUCAUAUUCAGAUACUCCCUUGCAUUCAGAUACUCCCCUGCAUUAGAUACUUCAUAUUCAGAUACUCCCCUGCAUUAGAUACUUCAUACUCAGAUUACCCCCCUGCCUUCAGAUACUCCCUUGCAUUAGAUACUUCUGAUACUCCCCUGAAUUAGAUACUUCAUAGAUACUCCCCUGCAUUCAGAUACUCCCCUGCAUCAGAUAGUCCCCUCAUUCUUCCAUGUGGGUUUUUUUGUUGUUGUUGUUGUUGGGAAUUUGUUAACUAUAACGUCUUUACAAAAUGUUUUAACUGCUUUGAUGUGAAAGCUCCCUUUAACUUUGGGGUAAGACUGCCUUGUGGCAGGGCAUCUCCUGACAUGUUUCCUAACAGCUUGAAAUGAACGGAAAGCAUACUCUUCCUCCUCGAAAUAAACAAGGACUUUUGUACAUUGAGAAACACUGCCCCCCACCCCCACCCCGUGUAGGGCUCUGCACGCACUGGAAGGCUGCUGACUUGCAUGCUUGUAUAUACUCUUGGGAAGGCUUCAUCGAGAUUAAUCGCAUCCAGUGCAGAAGUUCUGAUGUUCUGUUUUUCCGUGGCUCAGGUAUGUGCGGAAGUGAACAUGGCCGUGUGGAGUCCAGAGGACCUAACACACACAUCUCAAGUGUUGGGGUAGACCAGUUGUCAGGGGGCUGAGGGCUGGGUUAUCCAACACGGCUGGGUCCCAGUGCUAACACACAACACCUAGGUUUACAAACGCAGCACACAGGUAUCCACAUUCUUCCCGAACGAGCCUUCAGCAUCAGACUGGGCACAUAGACUCACUUUACAGUAAGAAAAAGUGCAUAAAAUCGUUUUGUGACUCUGUGAAUAACAUUGAUGUUUUUACAAGCAUUGCAGCCCUAUUAUAAGCAUAAAUGUCUCCUUACAGGAGAGUAGAGGGGAGCUGUGGGUGACUCAUUCAUAAAUAAAUGUAUACAUGUAAGAGA